UCAUCCCAAAAACCAAAACCUAAAUAAUAAAAAACUCAACCUAACCCACCCAACAGAGCAAACACGUUCCAACCUACUAAACGCACCCCAACCCCCAGUUUUCUCCCCAUCUAUAUAUGAUCUCCAACACAUAAUCUUGUAAACUCGAACAUAAAAUGUUUAUUCUCAUAUUCAUCACCGUCGUCUUCGUCGCCCUCUUGUACCGUCUUCUGUUCUCCGGCAACCGCCACUCCCUCCCUCUCCCCCCCGGCCCAAAUCCCUGGCCUAUUGUUGGGAAUUUGCCUCAUUUGGGCCCCGUCCCCCACCACUCCCUCGCCUCCUUGGCCCGCCAGUAUGGGCCUCUCAUGCACCUCCGCCUCGGCUUCGUUGACGUCGUCGUCGCCGCCUCCGCCUCAGUGGCGUCCCAGUUCCUGAAGACCCACGACACCAACUUCUCAAGCCGGCCUCCCAACUCUGGCGCCAAGCAUCUCGCUUAUAACUACCACGAUUUGGUGUUUGCACCGUACGGUCCGCGCUGGCGGAUGUUGCGGAAGAUCAGCUCCGUCCAUUUGUUCUCCGGCAAGGCUUUGGAUGAUCUUCGACAUGUUCGCCAGGAGGAGGUAGCUGUGCUGGCGCAUGGCUUAGCAGGUGCCGGAUCAAAGACAGUGAACUUGGCUCAGCUUCUAAAUGUAUGCACGGUCAACGCCCUAGGGCGGGUGAUGGUGGGGAAGAGGCUGUUUGGUGACGGCAGUGGCAGCGGCGACGAGAAGGCGGACGAGUUCAAGGAGAUGGUUGUGGAGAUGAUGGUGUUGGCAGGAGUGUUCAACAUAGGUGACUUUAUCCCCGCCCUCGAGUGGCUGGACUUGCAGGGCGUGGCUGCGAAGAUGAAGAAGCUGCACAAGAGGUUUGAUGCCUUCUUGACCGCCAUUGUUGAAGAACACAAGAAGAGCAGCGGCGGAAAGCAUGGGGACAUGUUGACUACUUUACUCUCGCUCAAAGAGGAUGCUGACGGUGAGGGGGCCAAGCUGACCGACACCGAGAUUAAAGCUUUGCUUUUGAAUAUGUUCACAGCUGGUACUGACACGUCAUCAAGCACAGUGGAAUGGGCUAUUGCAGAACUCCUUCGCCACCCCAAGAUUCUGGCCCAAGUCCAACAAGAACUUGACCAAGUAGUGGGCCGAGACCAGCUUGUAACCGAACUGGACCUACCCAACUUGACCUACCUCCAGGCCGUGAUCAAGGAAACCUUCCGGCUCCACCCAUCCACCCCCCUCUCGUUGCCUCGCAUGGCAUCUGAAAGUUGCGAAAUUAACGGCUUCAACAUCCCAAAGGGCGCCACUCUCUUAGUCAAUGUAUGGGCCAUAUCGCGUGACCCAGAGCAAUGGAAGGAGCCACUUGAGUUCCGGCCCGAAAGGUUCCUACCGGGCGGGGAGAAGCCCCAUGUGGAUGUUCGAGGGAAUGAUUUUGAAGUGAUCCCAUUUGGUGCUGGGCGCAGAAUAUGUGCGGGGAUGAGCCUGGGCUUGCGUAUGGUCCAUCUAAUGGCUGCAACCCUAGUCCAUGCAUUUGACUGGACCUUGGCUGAUGGGCUAACCCCGGAGAAAUUGAACAUGGACGAAGCAUAUGGGCUCACUUUACAACGAGCAGCGCCUCUAAUGGUGCACCCGCGCGCAAGGCUAGCCCCUCAUGCAUACAAAGCAUCAUCAUCUUGAUUCUUGAGAUAGAAUUUGAGGUUUUGAUGCCAAUUUUAUGGUAAAUUUGGUGCCUCCUAGCUGCUACUAUUUCUGUUCCAAGUUUAGUUUGUAUGUUCAGUUAACUAGAACAAUGGUUCUAUCUGAAUAUCCUAUCAACAAAAACAGUGCUUGUAAGUUGUAUCGAAUCAAAACCCAUCAAAUACGCUCCUCGCUCGCAUAAAAUAUUUUACUCAAUUUAUUUCAAAAUCUCA